CCGCCACUGCCUUCACUUGUGAUACUCUAGAUUUUUCUAUUUUGCCGUCUUCUUGACUCUGUACUACUAGUUCUAUUCUCUCUUUACCAGCACAAUAGCCGUGACAGCCCUCUGGCUUUAGAAUGAUACCUGGGAAUGCAGUCCGACUCUUAGCGGGGAACAGUCACCCCGAGCUCGCCCAAGCGGUGGCCGAGCGGCUCAACACCCCCCUCACGCCCUGCACCGUGCGCAAGUUCUCCAACGGCGAGAUCGACGUGAAGAUCUUCGAAUCCGUGCGCGACGAGGACGUCUUCAUCCUCCAGUCCGGCUGCAGCGACGUCAAUGAUAACUUAAUGGAGCUCCUAAUCCUCAUUUCUGCAUGCAAGACGGCGUCGGCGCGGCGGAUCACGGCAGUUAUCCCUUGCUACCCGUACGCGCGGAACGACAAGAAGGAUAAGUCGAGAGCACCGAUCACGGCGAAGCUGGUGGCGAACAUGCUGGUGGUGGCGGGGUGCGACCAUGUCAUCACCAUGGACCUGCAUGCGAGCCAGAUCCAGGGCUUCUUCGAUAUCCCCGUCGACAAUCUGUACUCGGAGCCUAUGAUGAUCGGAUACAUCAAGAGGAACAUUGCAGGGUGGCAGGAUGCGGUCAUCGUCAGUCCGGAUGCUGGAGGUGCAAAGCGUGUCACAGCGAUUGCAGACAAGCUUGGCGUUGAGUUCGCUCUCAUCCACCGACAAAGGAACGGGCACUCGGCGGACGCACCUGAGCGGAUGGAGCUGUUGGUUGGCGAUGUCCGAGAUCGAAUCGUCAUUCUUGUGGAUGAUAUGAUUGAUACGGGUACAACUCUGACGCUGGCUGCGCGUUCCUUGAAGGAAAACGGCGCGCAAAAAGUAUACGCUCUUAUAUCGCAUGGCUUGCUCUCUGAGGUGCAGAUGAGCCUAAUAGACGCGCUUCCGCUCGAACAACUCAUUGUCACCAACACCGUCCCGCAAACACAACAUGCAGAGCAAUGCAGUAAGCUGGUCGUCAUGGACAUCAGCUCGACGAUCGCCGAGAGUAUACGCCGGACACACAACGGGGAGAGCAUAAGCUUGCUGUUCGGCGAAUGGGCAGACGGGAUUGGUAUCGGGUCAUACUAGGUCGCGCUGUUGUGGAGCUAUCAUGACCGUGUAGCCAGGACACUGUCAUUGGCCCACCAAAAUGUAUCCAUAAUAAUCUAGAGGAUGGGAGGGAUUCUAUGUGAACACUGUAGCUUACAUUGUGUUAGCUGAGUCGUCGCCGGUAUGCAAGGGACCGGACAGCAGGC